AUGUCCAUCGGUGAAUACUCUGUGGAUCAUUUUCAGACACUUCCCUCCCUCGAGGUUGCCCGUACCAACUUUGUGAAGCUGAAUGGAGAUGAUCUUGUGAAAGAUGUCUUUAAAAAGUUUUUCGUUGAACAGGGCAUGGACCGAACGUUUGGUCUCGCCAUGCUUCAUCGUCAUUUUGACCUCGAGCCUGGUGAGAUGCUUGUUGAUUACCAAGGUAAAUCUGUACCUUGGAGCGCGGGCCAUGUCUCCGGAAUGAAACCUCCUCAGCCCGCUAUUUGGGCAGUCUCAUCUGAUGGUGCAUUCAAACAGACAGAGUUCUAUUUCUCGGAGGAGAAGGGCUUGACUAUUGGGGAGGAAGAGUUACGUUUUAUGAAGCGCUUUCAAGAAUUACUCCGUGAGCACAAAGUUACCCAAUCCUUUGGUCUCUGCCGAUAUCCUGGAGACGAUUUCAAUGGCUUGUGUGAAAUCACUCAUGGAAGAGCCAAUAUCAACCUGAAACCAAAUGAUUGGCCCAAAAACCUGAGUGCUGUGGAUACGGCUUGGUUUUUUUCGGAACCAAUCUGGACCCGGGGAUGUCGAUGCACCUGCAAUGCAAGGAGUCCUGAUCACCCUCAUGGAGUUCACAUUUACACUGUGUCUGGAUAG